CGGAGCAAAGCAAUUGCUGCUCACUACACUUGUUACUGGUGUCCUGAGCACGAAGAGGGGCGAGUGUGGGAGCCGUCGGAGGGGGGAUUAAAACAAGCAGCCUAGGGGGUGGGGCGGGGAAAGCAACAGGAAAAAAAAAACCAAACCCCAAAACCAAAAAAAAAAAAAAAGCCAGCCACUUCCCCUACACACACAUAUCCAGCCAGCCAGCCUUCUGAGAGAGGCAGCAACCUCCCAGCUCGUUACGCAAAGGGGAAAAGCCAAAAACCAUGAGCAAUCAGUACCAAGAGGAGAACUGCUCUGAGAGGCCUGAAUGCAAAAGUAAAUCUCCAACUUUGCUCUCCUCCUACUGCAUAGACAGCAUCCUGGGCAGGCGGAGUCCCUGUAAAAUGAGAUUGCUAGGAGCUGCUCAGAGCCUGCCUUCUCUGUCCAGCCGGACAGAUCAGGAUAAGGUCGCGCAAGCAGGCUCCCCGAAGGGUAGUAGUCCUCCGUUCGAAGCAGAACUUCACCUGCCCCCCAAGCUGAGGCGCCUCUACGGUCCGGGAGGGGGCCGCCUUUUGCAGGGAGCGGCGGCGGCUGCAGCGGCGGCGGCGGCGGCAGCAGCUGCUGCGGCAGCCGCGGCGGGCCCGCGCGGGGAACCCCAACAGCAGAGGUCUGGAGACAGGCCCGACGGGGCCGGAGCCGGAGCCGGGGUUGGGGCCACCUCCGCCUGGGACACGCUCAAAAUCAGUCAAGCGCCACAGGUCAGCAUCAGCCGCAGCAAGUCGUACAGGGAGAACGGGGCCCCCUUCGUGCCACCGCCGCCCGCCCUAGACGAGCUGGGGAGCAAGGGAGGCGCCCCGCACCCGGACGACAGGCUGAGCCAAGUAGCUUCGGCCGCCGCCGCCUCCUCCGGUCCCCCAGGUCCGGAGGACGACGAGGAGGAACUGCUGGAGGACGAGGAGGAGGACGAUGAAGAAGAAGAGUUGCUGGAGGACGACGAGGAGGAGCUCCUGGAGGACGACGGCAGGGGCCUCCUGAAGGAGCCCAGGCGCUGCGCCGCCGCCACCGCUGCUGCAGCUGCGGCCGCAGCAGCCGCCGCCGCCGCCGCAGAGGGCGGGGAGCUGUCCCCCAAAGAGGAGCUGCUGCUGCACCCUGGCGAGGACGCCGAGGGCAAGGAUGGCGAGGACAGUGUGUGCCUGUCCGCGGGCAGUGACUCCGAGGAGGGCCUGCUCAAGAGGAAGCAGCGGCGUUACCGCACUACCUUCACCAGUUAUCAACUGGAGGAACUGGAGCGAGCUUUCCAAAAAACCCACUACCCCGACGUUUUCACCAGGGAAGAGUUGGCCAUGAGACUGGAUCUGACAGAAGCCCGAGUACAGGUCUGGUUCCAGAACCGACGGGCCAAGUGGAGAAAAAGGGAGAAAGCUGGAGCUCAGACUCACCCUCCAGGUUUGCCUUUUCCUGGUCCUCUCUCAGCAACCCACCCCCUCAGUCCAUACCUGGAUGCCAGCCCUUUCCCUCCUCAUCACCCAGCUCUGGACUCAGCCUGGACUGCUGCUGCAGCUGCAGCUGCUGCUGCCUUUCCCAGUCUACCUCCUCCACCUGGUUCUGCAACUUUGCCACCAAGUGGGACUCCACUAGGCCUCAGCACUUUCCUGGGUGCAGCAGUAUUUCGGCAUCCAGCCUUCAUCAGCCCUGCAUUUGGAAGGCUUUUUUCCACGAUGGCUCCUCUGACUAGUGCUUCCACCGCUGCGGCCCUACUGAGACAGCCCACUCCUGCGGUGGAUAGCGGGGUGCAGUCAAGUGCGCUCUCAGACCCCGCCACAGCUGCCGCAGACAGACGGGCUUCAAGCAUAGCAGCUCUGAGGCUGAAAGCAAAAGAACACGCCGCUCAGCUGACACAGCUCAAUAUCCUCCCUGGGAACAGCACAGGGAAAGAGGUGUGUUAAAACCCGACCCAGCACCACCACCGAUAAUCAAAUAAAAGAUCACCUCAAAUAGCACCAGUCAAGACCAAAUGGAAAAAAGAGGACCAGCAAACUAAGACAUUGGAGAGGUUCUCGAGUUAGGAACUUGGAGAAAGAAAGCAUCCUUUGCUACAGUGCUCUCCUGAGUAAACCAACACUAACAGCUCCUGAAUAGCAAAUUCCUUGGCUGGUACCUUUUUUCUCCCCUUAAAUGUCCAACCUGCUGAUUUGUUCUUUCAUCUCUCUUAAAAUGACGUCACAAUGUAAAAUAUAUUUUGAGUCGCCUUCUUACCAUGUUUUGUUUUUUCUCCCUGGAUUCCACGUAUAAUAUUUAAUGUGUGUGCUUUUUAAAGGUUGGAUUCUUCCCCUUCCUGUUCUUCCCUCCCCAUCUUUUAAAAAUCACACCUUGAUCUACUGAGUUUUCUCAACCAAGGAUGCUUCCGGGGCAGAAAGAGAGUUAAUUUGAUGCUGUAUGAUAACCAGUGCACUUAUGAGGGAAGGGGUAUCUUUUUCUUGUUCUAUUCUUUAUCAUUACACCAACCAAGGUUUUUAUAUCAAACCAAAGGGAAAUACACUGCUAGAAUAUGGACUGUUUAAGUUACUAAACUGUGAUUAUUGAUUCUGUACAUACCAUUGUUAUAAAAAAAA